GGCAGGAGCGGGCCCGGGACGGCGGGCAGAGGCCCCGCGGCGCACAGCGUGUGCAUGGUGUCGGACUUCUUCUACCCCAACAUGGGGGGCGUGGAGAGCCACGUGUACCAGCUGUCGCAGUGCCUCAUCGAGCGCGGCCACAAGGUCCUGGUGGUCACCCACGCCUACGGCCACAGGAAGGGCGUCCGCUAUCUCACCAGCGGGCUCAAAGUCUACUACCUGCCCCUAAAGGUGAUGUACAACCAGUCCACGGCCACCACCUUGUUCCACAGCCUGCCCUUGCUCAGGUACAUCUUCGUGCGGGAGAGGGUGACCAUCGUGCACGCCCACAGCUCCUUCUCCGCCAUGGCCCACGACGCGCUGUUCCACGCCAAGACCAUGGGGCUGCGCACCGUCUUCACGGACCACUCCCUCUUCGGGUUCGCUGAUGUCAGCUCGGUGCUGACCAACAAGCUGCUGACGGUGUCCCUGUGCGACACCAACCACAUCAUCUGCGUGUCCUACACGAGUAAGGAGAACACGGUGCUGCGAGCGGCUCUGGACCCUCGGAUAGUCUCUGUCAUCCCCAACGCUGUCGAUCCCACUGACUUUACUCCAGACCCGUCAAGGAGGGAUGACAGUACAGUAACAAUUGUUGUUGUCAGCAGACUUGUUUACAGAAAAGGUAUAGAUUUGCUUAGUGGUAUAAUUCCUGAGCUCUGUCAGAAAUAUCCAGAGUUACAUUUCUUAGUUGGAGGAGAAGGACCAAAACGAAUCGUGCUGGAAGAAGUCCGGGAAAGAUACCAGCUCCAUGACAGGGUACGUCUUCUUGGAGCCUUGGAACACCAGGAUGUUAGAAAUGUGCUAGUCCAGGGACACAUUUUUCUCAACACUUCCCUCACUGAGGCCUUUUGUAUGGCUAUUGUGGAAGCAGCAAGCUGUGGUUUACAGGUGGUGAGUACAAGAGUUGGCGGGAUUCCUGAGGUGCUUCCAGAAAAUCUCAUUAUUUUAUGUGAGCCCUCCGUGAAAUCUUUGUGUGAUGGAUUAGAAAAAGCUAUUGCCCAACUCAGAUCAGGAACACUUCCAUCUCCAGAAACUGUUCAUAAUAAAGUAAAGACAUUUUAUACAUGGAGAAACGUUGCAGAGAGAACUGAGAAAGUGUAUGACAGGGUUGCAGAUGAACUGGUUUUACCAAUGGAUGAACGACUUGACAGACUAAUGUCUCACUGUGGCCCAGUGACUGGGUGUAUUUUUGCUUUUUUUGCUGUUCUGAACUUCCUUCUCUUGGCGUUUCUGAGGUGGAUGACUCCAGAUUCCAUUAUUGAUGUUGCAAUAGAUGCCACAGGACCUGAAGGUGCGUGGACUAAACAGUAUUUUUCGGGAAAAAAAAAGAAGAGUUAAAGAAGAACUUCCAAGCUCCUAAAAUGCUCGAGUGGUGAGGGAAGAAUGCAUCAGUCACUGAAGAGUUUAAUUCUUGCUGAGAGAGACCUUACUCGUACAGUUCUUCAGUUUCUUUCUGACAUUCUUGGAAAGAAACUUGGUUAAAUGUGCUACCUCAAUUUAGGAUGAUAUUUUUAGUUUAGUUUUGAAUUCAUGCAAAUUUACAGACAUCUCUUUGCACUUAAAGCUGGGAGGAGAACAUGGGGUUUUAUAUGUGUUAAAAGCCUUUGAAACAAAACCACAGGAUUUUUCUGAAUAUUUCAGAAAGUGAUUUAAACUUUAGUGGUAUUUGGAAAAGCAAAACACAAACAUUAUUAGCUUACAGUAGUCCCUGCUAAUCCGUGAUAUUUACUGUGAUCUUUAUUGUAAGACUUCUUUCAAAAUAACUCCAAACCCAACAAAACACAUUUUUUCUGUCCUCAAAUGAAAAUGGCACUUGAAAUUAGUCAUAAACUCCAUUACCAUGUAAAUUUCAGAGACUUACUUCUAAUAGUUGUGUCCCAGUGACAGUGUUUUGCCUGCACAGCAUUAUUAUUUUGAAGUUCUUCCCUAGUCAGAUUUGAUCCUCCUGUUGCUAAAUGAAAAUUUCAUAAUGAUUUUUUGAUAUUUUCAGAGGUGCUAAACUUAUUCAGUUCACUUACGUGUGUGAAAGUGGUGUAAAGCUUAUAGCAGCUUUUUCAGUACAUAGCCGAAGAAAUAGUAUUAUUUAGAGAUAAUACAGCCUUCAGAAACAUCUCAGGCCUGAAAACUCUUCCAGCAGACUGUGCCAAAGUGUGAAGUAACGUGUGAGAGAGAGUGAAAUCUCUGAAGGGCUUAACAAGUACCAUUGUGCUUGAUCACUCUCUCUGCCCUCUCACCUCCUACCCACCUUUUUUUUUUUUCCCCUUUUCUCUUUUUCCUUCCCCUUACUUAAGACCAAAGUGGCAUUUCAGUCCAUCUCCGGGAGAGACAGUGUUCAGAGUGUGAGAUUUCACCUACACAACAUCUGAGACACUGUCUGUCAGGUUCUGCAAGUGAAAUCUUAGGAAUCUUAGGAAGGUAUCCCUUAAGUGGAAGGUAUUCCUUAAGUGGAUGCUUUUCAUGGAGAGGUAAAAAAAAAA